CAGGAACGGACACCACGGCGAGCGUGUGAUGGGAGGUCCUGGCUGCGUGAGACCGACCGCCGUCGGCAUCCUUGUGGCGCUGCUCAUGAACGCAUGCGCUGAGGAGCGAGACUUCCGGUACAAGGACAAUGCUAAGCAAUACGUGACUCCCGACAACGCGACGCGGCUGGAGCGCAGACUCGGCACGAAUUUGCCGGCGCUACAGUUGGUGUCACUGCACACAAGUCCCGACGCAGAGCAAUUGAGAGUCCUGUGUUGGGUCAACACGUUCAACAUGACACACGACCGUGCAAGAGCAAUCAAGUCCACAUGGGGCCGCCGGUGCGACAAACUGCUCUUCAUGAGCAAUGUCGAAGACCCGACGAUUCCGACGGUCCGAGUCGUGGCACCGCCCACGCACGAGCACUUGUGGCAAAAGCACCGCUACGUCGUUCGAGUUCUCGCCCGAGAAUUCGAUCCCGCAUCGUACGACUGGAUUUUCAAAUGCGACGACGACUCGUACGUGAUUAUGGACAACUUGAAGUACUUUCUCGCGCGGCAAGAUCGAGACAGGCCCGCGAUUUUUGGGCACAGGAUGACGCUGCAGCCUUGGAUCAUGCAUGAAGCGUUUGGGGAUCCAACCGCCAUGCCGCGCUCGUACAGGCACUUUCUCGAUAAAGUGACACAAGCCACGCAAGACCAAGGUGGGCUGUACUAUACCCCCGGCGGCGCUGGCUACGCCUUCAAUGGCGCGUACCUCGCUCGUCUCCAUGACGUGCUGGACGACCCAUUCUGCAUCCCGCACGCCGUCGUUCCCGACGACUGGGCCGUGUCGUUUUGCAUGCUGCAUGAACACGUUGCUCCGAGAGACACCCGCGACCGCCAUGGCCGCGAGCGAUUCCACCAGUACUCGCCCGAGCAAGUGUACUUUUGGCCCGACGACCCGGACGACUACGAUCACACAAUGUUCGACUCGAUCUGGGACGCGCAAAACUGGUACUCGGACCACGUCGGGAUCGGAUGGAAGAACGGCACCGAGUGCUGCGCGAGGGAUUCGAUCGUAUUUCACUACGUCGACGACAUGGCGGCGGUCGACGCGUUCUUUUACGGCGGCGGCGUCGCCAUGACCUGACAAAAUGCAUUUGGAUGGCCAUAACGCGUGAAAACAGAUUAUCGCAACCUAGUCGUGACAACGGGCGCGUCCGAGUACCCGUGCAGGUCAAAGUCGCCGUGGUGCGGAUCAAACGUCGACGGGAUCGCCAAGUAGAACCCUCGCGGAAACUGGGCGGCCGGCGUGCGGACGCCGCACGCGCUGUUUGUAUACGACCCUUUCGCGGACGUGACAAAGGCCGUGGUCGGGUUGCAAUGGGGAUCGUGCAGCUGGCCCGUCGACGUGCAUGGGUACAGCGACACGUUGAUCGUUGACGACGCCGCGCCACGUUGGCGCAAUCGAAAAAAGAGCUGGCACGUUGCCCUGCACACACAUCAUGGUUGGCCUCGUUGCAAUCGUUGCUGGACGUACAUGACGUGCACGAGAAACUGCGGGUUGUCGAGGUAGUGGCCAUAGUUGGAGC